CGCCCCGUCGUCAGCCACACCGCCCGGCCCUCCCUCCUGCAGCAGCGCGUAGAGACUCGAGGUGGCCGCGAUUUGAGCCUUCUCCGACCGUUAAUCCGGGAAGUUAAGGGAAAGAACUUAAAAUGGCUGACUCCUCGACAAAUUCCGGUGCCAACUGCAUGGAUAAGUUUAAAAGCUACGUGAAGACGCCGAAAGGUUUCAUCCUGGCCGCAGAAAUAAUCCUCAGUUUGAUCAUCAUCAUCUGCUAUGCCGCGUCCCACUACGGAGGCUACUCCGCCGUGGCCAUCUGUGAGAUGGUCUUCGCCAUUGUCUUCUUCGGCGUCUUCAUGAUGGAACUAGACAAGCAGUUCCAGCUGGUCAACUGGGUGUGGAGUGAUCUCUUCCGGGCCGGCAUCGGUGCCCUGCUUUACAUCAUCACCUCUCUCAUCUGUGUGAUCGGCGGCUCUGGUGACGGCGCUCGCAUCGCCGGCGGCGUAUUUGGUUUGAUUGCUGGUCUGGUGUUCGCCUACGACACCUACACCAUCUUCUUGCAGAUCAAGAGCACCAGGCAGCACACAGCAGCCGCCACUGAUGACAGAGUGUAAGAAGUUUGGAGCCGGAGCAGCAGGUGGACAGUCGCAGUAACUCAAAGAUGGCCGUCACCAACAGUGGCUGUUCCCAAACAUCCAACUUUUGGAGUUAACUCCUGAUGAUGAUGAUCUCCCUGCCCACACCUCGACGUGCCACUAAACGCAACUGUUCAAGAAGGGAAGUGUGUAAAUAAUAGGCAAUGAAAAAACUGUUUAAAUAUUUGUUUCUAAUGGUCUGCUGUAGUUUGUAGUUGUCACAGGCUGUUCUCACCUGACUCAACAGUGGUGCUUGAAGAAAAAUUUAACAACUAGAGUUUAUUGUGGGUUUCAUAUUUUCAUUCAAAAUCCAUGUGUCUGAGUCAAAUUCGCAGUGGCCUCCCAUUCUGAUGAAGCAUUCUUGUUUUAUAACAGUUCAAGGCGUGGUCUUGUGUUUGCAAAGGUCUUGUCAUCAUUACAUUCAUUCUGAAUCUCACUCAGGUUGUUCAUGCUACAGUUGUCACAGGUUUUGCCUUUUUUUUUCCAAGUUGACCGUCAUUAAAAUGUUAAAUUGUUGCCUUGUUUUUUUGGAUCUGCUAUGCAACUAUUGUCAUCAAAGAAGCUCGUGCUUUUUUUGAAAUAAAGCCAA